CCUGCAGGUACCACCGCUGUUCGCCGCACUGGAGCUGAUAUCAGAGCGUGCACAACGACCUUCCUGAAAAGGCAAAGAGCUCCCGCGCUACAAUCAUCUAUAUCCGCAAAGCGGCAACCCUUAUAAAUGAGUGGUUGCGCCGUGGACGAUUUUUUUUUCUCCCUAGGAUGAGCGUGCAUUUGCAGAUUCUUCUUCUCUGUUACCCUGUCGAAAGAAUUGGUCGUUGCAAGAAUUUUUCGCCCAAUUGAUUCAUCUUGGGCACAAUGCUUUCCAAAACCACCACAGCCGUUGCGCUCCUCGCAACCACGGCAUCAGCACAACUUUAUCCCGGCCAGAGCAACUUGAACCACACCUGUCUUCUCCAGAAGCCGUUGCUGUCAUGCCCGGAACAGGAUCCAACUCUCGUCGACUCCUGCUGUGUAGAGACAUUUGGCGGACUCCUCCUUACAACCCAGCUUUGGUAUACGCAUACAAACCUCGAGAGUUCCGGCCAGUACCUCCCGGAAUCGACUUGGACGACACACGGUCUUUGGCCAGAUUUCUGUUCAGGCGCGUAUACCCAAUAUUGUGACCUCACACGUCAAUUCGACCCUAUACCAUCCCCCAACACGACCAAUGGCCUACCAAAUGGUACCGCAGUCCAGCCCUACACGGGACCCAACAUUGGGACAUUCUUAGAGCCGUUCGGCAAGCACGAUCUCCUGCAGUACAUGGAAACCUACUGGAUCGCGCAGAACCAAGACAACCCAGGUUUCUGGGCCCACGAGUUCUCCAAGCACGCAACGUGCUUCUCCACGUUCAACGUCCCCUGCUACGGCCCACAGUACCGCGAGCACGAGGAUGUCGUCGACUUCUUCGAAACAGUGAUCCGCUACUACAAGCGGUUCCCGACCUUUGAGUGGCUCGAAGCUGCGGCUAUCCUGCCCUCAAACUCUACUACCUACUCGUACGCCGAUAUCCUCGAGCCUCUGCAGGAACAGACCAAAGCGGUGCCGUUUAUUGGCUGCUCGGGUCCUAGGUUCAAUGCUACCGCUGCUGGUGCGAAUUCCACCGACAAUGGGUAUACGGUGCUGAGCGAGGUGUGGUACUACGAGCAUGUGUAUGGUAGGCCGCAGGAGAUGAAUACCGUGCCCGUCGAUGCAUCGGCGAGUUAUUUGACAAACUGCGCGAAGAGUGCGGGUGGAAUCUGGUAUUAUGAGAGAUCGAAUGGUUCGGUAAAAGUGCCUGCUGUGCCUUAUUAG